AUGAAACUCUUCCCUGAGGAUCUAAGCAACGUGAAUAACGACUUUGAGUUACAAGACUUCAUAGACGAUGCAAACUUCGACCAGUUCAUCGAUCUUAUUCGCGGCGAAAAUGAGGAUCCAGCAGCAGCUCAUUUUGAUUGCGACCUUCUCAGUGGCUCGUGCUUUGUUGAUAACCAGUGCGUUCAAAUUACUCCGGAUAGCGGUUUCUUUGGUUUUGGUCAUAAUACUACUGGCAUAUCCGAUGCGGCUCCUUUUCUUACUACAUUACCACAUUUCGAUGGAGAAAUGAACAAUAUUGGUAGAGAAGAAGAAAAUGACGCAGACUCGUGUGGAACAACGACAACAACCACCACAAAUACCACAGGCACGACAACAAAGAAGCCAAAAGUUGAUCGGUCGAGAACCUUGGUUUCGGAGAGGAAGAGAAGAGGAAGGAUGAAAGAAAAGCUCUAUGCAUUGCGGUCCUUAGUUCCUAAUAUCACUAAGAUGGAUAAGGCAUCCAUUGUUGGAGAUGCAGUAGCGUAUGUACAAGAUCUCCAAAAACACGCUAAGAAGCUAGAAGUUGAGAUUACAGGCCUUGAAGAGUCCAUAGAAGGAUCCGGGGGAAAGCAAGUACGGUCGUCAAUGCAAAAUUCAACCAAGAAUAAAUUUGUUGCAGAUAAUUAUCAUUUAACUCCCAAGGGAAUCAUUCAGAUAGAUGUGUCCCAAGUAGAGGAGAAAGGCUUUUACGUGAAAGUGGGAUGCAACAAAGGAGUAGGCGUGGCCACAUCACUUUACAAGGCUAUUGAAUCCCUUACGAGCUUCAAUGUUCUGAGUUCCAACUUGAACACGAUUAAUUCUGGGAGAUUCGAAAUAACACUCAUUCUAGAUGUAAAAGAAAGCCAGCAGGAGAUCAUCAACUUACCAAACUUGAAACUUUGGGUGACUGGAGCUUUUUUGAACCAAGGUUUUGAACUAGCUACAUGCCUUUGA